AUGGAAAGAAAACGCCUAAAGAAAGAGAUUGAAAAACUCUUGGGAGAUUAUGUUGGCAUCAGACUACGAGAAAAUGGAUUUGAUCCAAGCAGACAAAGGCAGCCCACCUUUCUAGAUGACAUGGUCCAUUACAACUUAGCCUUCACUGUUGCUAUGCUGUGGUUAUGUGACUUGGAUGCUCAAACUGUACUGACAAGAGAGAAAAUGAAUUUGGCAGCUCACAGCCGAUACAUGUAUCCCAAUCGAAUUGAGAGAGAAGCUAUGAUAUUAUCUUCAUAUGCUGGGAUAUUAAUGAAUAGCAUUCCCAUUGAAGAGAUCUUUGAGAUUUACAGCAUGGGGCCUUCAGCAACACGAUGGCAGAGCUCUGCAAAUGACCACUGGAUUCAACCUUUCAAGCUCUCCCUGCAUCCAUUUGCCAUGCUGACUGCCCCCAAAGCUGCAGAGUACACCAGGAGGCACAGCAUCAAGUACCAGAGAACAGCAGCAAAUCAAAGAACUGACCCUCAUACAGCAUGGAGAGCUAAAAAGGACAGCAAGCAACUGGCUGACAAAGUACAUCAGGAGAACUGGAACAAGUCAGCAAACCAGUUUUGCAACAGCAGGGCUGGAUUUGAUGGAGUUGAAUAA